AUGGACCGUCGCUGGAGUGUGGAGUCACUGGAAGAUCAGCUCCGUUGCCCGGUGUGUCUGGAGAUCUUUACCGAGCCUCUGAUCCUCCAGUGCGGUCAGUCGUACUGCCGCGGGUGCGUGCGCGCCAUAAGCGUGAACCCGCUCGGGCAGCUGCAGUGUCCCGUGUGCCGCUGCGCAGUGGACGCAGACUGUCCUCCGCCCAAUGUAGCGCUGGCUCGAAUCGUAGACGCCGUUCGGACCCUGAACACACCCGAUAAGGGCCCGUUGGAGAUCUGCGCUCAACACAACAACCCGCUCAGUCUUUACUGUGAGGAGGACCGGGCGCUCAUCUGCGGGCUGUGCGGGAGUAUCGGGGCGCACCGGGCGCACAAGGUCACGCCCAUUCACAGCGUUUACAGCAGGAUGAAGGAGGACAUCUCAUGUUUGAUGACAGAGUUUCAGACUCAGGGGAGGAAGCUUGAGGAGCAGAUCUGUAAAAUGGACUUUAAUAAAUCUCGCAUCACCAAUGAAUCAGAUGUGUUAAAGUGGGUGGUGCGGAAGGAGUUUGGAGAGCUACGCCGCUGUUUGGAGCUGGAGGAGGCAGGUUUUAUGGAGAAGGUGGAAAACGCAGCUUCCACCCUUAUCUCCUCCAUCCAGAGACAGUCUGAACAAAUGAACCAACUGCUGGCCAAGAUGCAGUCUGCUGAGGCCACACUAGAUGCUUUGAGCAAUGACAGUCAUCUGGAGUUCAUCGCUAAAUAUGGAUCCAUUGCUCCAAGAUUGCGUGAAGGCCAGCAGAGGGAGCAAAGAGAUGAGAAAAUAUACAGCUCUAUGCAAUUUAAUCCUGGAUUCAGCCACAAUGAUAUUAAAAUGUAUGUGUGGAAAAGACUUCACAGGAGAGUCCUGCCCGCUCCAGAGCACUUGAAGUUCGACCCGUUGACAGCCCACCCCAUGCUGCAUCUCAGUAAAGACAGCACCAAGGUUGAGUGUGGCGUCCUCCUCAAUCGCCUGCCCAAUAAUCCCGAGCGUUUCAGCUACAGCUACUGUGUGCUCGCUUCUCGGGGCUUCUCCUCCGGCAAACACUACUGGGAAGUCCAGGUGGGCCCCAAACCCAAAUGGCGGAUCGGACUGAUCAAAGGAACCGCGUCACGGAAAGGCAAACUCUUCAAAAGCCCAGAGAACGGAGUAUGGCUGAUGGGCCUGAGGGAAGGCCGCUUCUAUGAGGCUUUCACCUCUCCACGGGUAUUGCUGCCCCUCAACAGCCACCCGCAGCGUUUAGGAGUUUUUCUGGACUACGAGAGCGGACAGAUCACUUUCUAUAAUGCGGACAGCGAAGAUGAGCUUGGAUUUAUCUACUCGUAUCAAGCCGAGCUGCAGGGCAAAGUGUUCCCGCUGUUUGAUGUGUGCUGGCAUGAGCGCGGAGCCAACAAGCUGCCCCUCUCCCUGCCACAAGCACUCACUCACAGAUAAAGAGCUUGAUGCUAGAACUUGUCCAAUAAUAACACUGUGCUUUCAAGUUACGGUUCUUAAAGGACCAGUGUAUCAUUUUUGAGAGGAUCUAUUGACAUAAAUGCAAUAUAAUAUACAUAACUAUGUCUUCAAAGGUAUAUAAAGAGCUUACAUAAUGAAGCGCUGUGUUUUUAAUAUCUUCGAAUGAGCUAUUUCUAUCUACAUACGCCACAGGUCCUCUUACAUGGAAUUCUCCAUGUUGUUUCUACAGUAGCCGUGAAGGGACAAACUGCCCUACAGAACGUGUUUCAUAAAUACAUUA